AUGAAACUUUCUACACUCGCUUUAUCCUGUUUCUCGUUAUUCACAUGUAUCCAUGGAGAAACCUCAUCUCCUUCAUUCGUCGAAUACGGCGUCGAUGUGGUUGAGAGACAAUUGAGUAUCCCUUCGCUCGUCUCCAGUUUGCUCGAUGGAUUCGACGUGGCCGACAUCAUCUCGGAUGUCAACUUUGAGAAAAUCGCUGGAUGGGCUGAUGACUUGUUAAACGAAGGUGACAACAUUGAUAUCUUAGACAAAAUUUUCGUCAGCUUGAAGAACACCAAAAUUCUCCCCAAUGCCGGUGUGUACCUUGUCACACACAACCUGACGUUGCAGAUUCUUGAAGAUUCCCUUCCCACCAUAUUGCUGGUAACUGGAAACAUCAACACCACUGACUUCUGGGUGGCAUUGGAUAGAUCUGGGUUGGCGUACUCGGUGGUGGCUGGUGCUCUCGAAAGUGAUGAGUUCUUACCCUCAGUGUUGAGCAUCGCCAAAAAGUUGAUCAAGUCAGGAGGUAUCAACUUGGAAAGUCUCUUGGAACAGGCAGAGAAGUUGAUUGAAAGAGAUACCAUAUACGCCGAGUUCGAGCUGGAGGUUGAGCCCCCCAUGACAUUUGCUACCCUCUACAGAAGAGAUAACAUCGAGGAUUUGUUGGAAACGGUGAUGGAGUCGAUUGAACGAUCCGGCUUACUCAACGAUACUAUCAUGACAUUGCUCACCGAUGAAGAAUUCCAAGAUGCCACAGUGGUGCUCAUCCAAGGAGCUUUGCAGAACAUCGGCUCGCUUAUUCAAGGAUCCGACUUUUCUGCCUUGCUGCCCAUUCUUCAGUCUUUGUGGGAUUCCAACAUGUUGCAAGAUAUCUUGGAGGAAGCCUUACAAGACAAGGGUUUGAGAACGGCAUUGACCACCGAUUUGGCGUCGAUGUUGAAACAAGGAAGUAUCAAGGAAACUGACUUGGUGUCGAAGAGCGAUAAGGCGGCUAUUUUGGCCAAAGAUGAAGCCAUGUCAGCCAGUGAGGUUGAAUCUCUGGUGGCUGCUGCUUCUGCCACAGAAGCAUCUUCUUCGUCAAAAGCAUCGUCUUCAUCCACAGAAACCAGUGACUCCGAAGAUGGAGCUUCCUUGUUCCGUAGUAGCCCUGCGGCCGUGGCUCUCGGGGUGUUGGUUCCUGUGGGGAUGUUUUUAAUCUAG